CCUCCCUCCCAAGGAGGAAUUCGUGUACUACCGGGUGCCUUUCAAAAAGAGCAUUUCGCCCCCAAGUCUCGGCUCUUCAACGCCCUCUGACAUCAUCAACUCGCGCCGAAGCGCUGCCGAAGUCCCAGAGGCUGCUGGAAAAUGAAGUCGUCCGAAUUAACCGGGGUUCUGGCAACGGCUGCGCCCGCACUGGGAUCUUAUGGCGCAAGGAUGUAGUUUCGGAGAACUGGGAAGUUUAGUAUCUAGUUUAUGGGUGCACUAAAACGCUUCCAUCCCCGCGGGGCCGCGGUCUCGAGUUUCGGUCUCGGCUUCCCUCAGGUGAUGAUUUGCAAGAAAAGAAAAUAAUUGCAUGAAGGCCCUCUCCUUACUUCUAGUUUGAAUUAUUCCUAGUAUUGGCUUUUAAGAUGAGUAACAUCUCUUCCUCAAGAUUGGAAGAUAGAGUUCUACAAACUCUGACAAAGGUUUUUGGAUUUAACUCUUUCAAGACUUCAUUGCAAGAAAGUGCAACUAUGACUGUGGUAAAAGGGGAAAAGGACGUUUUUGUAUGUAUGCCAACGGGAGCAGGGAAAUCCCUGUGUUACCAGCUUCCAGCAGUUUUGGCAAAGGGCAUCACAAUAGUGAUUUCGCCAUUAAUUUCACUUAUUCAGGACCAAGUGGAUCAUUUGCUCUCUCUCAAAGUUAGAGUGAGCUCCUUCAAUUCCAAGAUGUCCGCUCAGGAGAGAAAAGCCAUCCUUGCUGACUUGACAAGUGACCAUCCUAAGAUAAAGCUGCUGUACAUCACUCCAGAGAUGGCAGCUUCUGCUUCUUUUCGGCCCUCCUUGGAGCGUUUAAUAUCUCAAAAUCUUAUCUCUUAUCUGGUAGUUGAUGAAGCUCACUGUGUUUCCCAGUGGGGGCAUGACUUCCGACCGGACUAUCUGCAUCUUGGCUCCUUGCGUUGUCGCAUGCCCAAUAUAUCAUGCAUAGCCCUGACAGCCACAGCUACUAAGCAAGUUCAGGAAGAUAUUAUAGCCCUGCUGAAGUUAAAGCAGCCUGUUGCCACUUUCAGGACACCUUGCUUCAGGCCCAAUCUGUACUAUGAUGUGCAGUAUAAAGAUCUUUUAGCAGAUCCUUAUGAAAAUCUGAAGGAUUUCUGUCUGAAGUCUCUUGGACAGCAAAAUGAAUUAGGG